GGUGACACAACACUCAACUCUCUCUACCGCUGAGGGAAUUAAGACAGCAGUGAAACAGUGUCAGCCCCCUGCCUGCAAAUAUGAGCGGUGAUGCAAAUGGAAAUUUGAAAAGUGACCUGGAGAAGCUGGAGUGUCACUUCACCUGGGGAUUGAGGGUGGAGGACGCAGAUCUUAACUUCCUGGAGGUGAAAUUCAGUGACUCCGUAUCCCUUCCGCAUGACUCAGAGAAUAACCUGAAGGGCAGAGCCUACAACUUCCUGGCUUAUGUCAAACAUCUGCAGGGCUUUAACGAAGAGGCUCUGGAGUGCUUGGCCAAAGCCAAGGAGAAAAACGUAGACAAUGCAAAGCACUGCGUUGUGACAUAUGGAAACUUUGCUUGGGUGCAUCACCUCAUGGGCCACGACCCCGAAGCCUGGACAUACCUCCAGAAGCUGGAGGAGAUCAACACCAGCUCCCCGACACACCCAGCAGAGACCCUCUCUCGGGAGGUUCUCGGGGAGAAGGCCUGGUCCCUCCUGAAGUUUUCCAAAAACCACUACGAGGCAGCCAAAGAGUGCUUCUAUGAGGCCCUGCAGAGGGAGCCAGACGAUAAGGAAUGGAACACGGGGUACGCCAUCUCCCUGUUCCGAUGGGACGGUUUGAGGAUAAUGAGAGGUGAGCAGAUCCCCUUGGGCUCAUCACGGUCGCUGAAACAGCUUGUGACAGCCCUGGCACUCGACCCGGAAAACGGCUCCAUCAUGGUUUACCUGGGCCGCAUAUACCAAAACAACGGCAAAAAGUUAGAGGCGUGGAAAUAUAUGAAGCAGGCUCUGGAUGUGUCCCCGAACAACCUCAGCGUAGUUUUAAAGGUGGGAAAGUUCCUGAGGAAAGUUCAGGACUACGAUAUGGCGUUGAACGCGCUGAAAAGGAUGCUGGAGAUAGUCCCGGAUUCUCCCCGCCUACACCACGAGAUCGCCAGCACUUACCGCUGGAAAUCCUUCAGACCGGAUGGCGAGACUCGCGACCCAGACCUGAUCCUCCUCUCCAUUUCCCACACGGAGCAGGAAGUUCGACUCAACCCCACGUACCUUUAUCCCCAAUUGGAGCUUGCACUGAGGUACGCCGAGGUUCACCAGAUUGAAAAGAGCGAGCAAAUCUUCCAAGAAAUGUUCGCUCGUACUGAUCUCAAGCCUGCUGAGCGGCAGGCCCUACAUCGCAUGUUUGGAGACUUCCAGAAGAACCACAUGAAGUCUUUUGACACGGCUGUGAAGCACUACAUGGAGGGGAUGAAGCUGCAGAACGUGUCCUCAGACUGGCAUAUGUGCCGGAAGCGGCUGGUCCGCAUCAUGAACAGAAUAUUCUGA